AAUACACCUGAAUACACUACGAGAAUGGUGGAAACUAGUACGAUUCUGAAGAUAUGCAAGAAAGGAAUAAUACUUGUCUGCUAUUUCAACAGAGUUGAACAGAGCUUAUAAGGUUUCUCAGUGAACAAUUAACGAACGACAAAGUUUUCCAAAGAGUAUAUCGGUUUUAUUGGAAUCUAAUACGCCCGCAUGCGUAUUAAUUACUUCUUUUCGCGAACUCGAUCGAAAUACAUUAUCCGACGGGAGAGCACUCUUUGGGCUCCAGAGGAAAGAAAAGUUGUUGUAAUGGCUGCCGUGUCAUGAAAUGAAGGUACCAGCACGGUUUGAUCGUUCCACGAUGGAGGAUAACUCCAGUUCUACAUCUCAAAACCAUAAUGGACAAGAAUCUAGUGGUACGAAUGUUCCGCUGACAAACAAUAAACAUCAGAGCUACAGUGACAGCACUAGCGAUUCCAAACCACAAUACACUAUGCCUGGCAUUCUACAUUUCAUUCAGCAUGAAUGGGCUCGCUUCGAAUUUGAAAGAUCGCAAUGGGAACUUGACAGAGCAGAAUUCCAGGCUAGAAUAGCUUUUUUAAAAGGUGAAAGAAAAGGACAGGAAAAAUUAAAAAAUGACUUAGUAAGAAGAAUAAAAAUGUUAGAAUACGCAUUGAAACAAGAAAGAGCAAGGUAUCAUAAGCUGAAAUAUGGAACUGAUCUGGUGACUCAAGGAGAUGUAAAGCCUCCUGUUUAUGAAGAAGGUAGUAGUACUUGUGUUAACUCAGAAGUUGGAGGAGAUGGUGAUGGAGAAGCUCCAUUUACUUCAGUCAGCAACAUUAGUUGGAAACAAGGUCGCCAAAUUUUGAGACAAUAUUUACAAGAGAUUGGUUACACUGAUACAAUAAUAGAUGUACGAUCAAACAGAGUAAGAUCUUUACUUGGCUUAAAUAAUAAUACAGACUCAGAAGAUAUGAAUCCUCCUGCAUUAAAUGAUAAGAAUGUAUCUAAACCAUCAAAUAAAGAAUAUCGAAUGGAAACUUGUAUCCGCAACUUUCCAAAACCAAAAGAUGAGACAGAAGAAAUAAUGAUAGAUACUGAAGCAGCUUUUAUGGAAAAAUUUGAGCUUCUGGCUCGGCAAGAGAUGGACAUAGAAGAAGAAGAGGGAGAUGUAGAGGAUGAUUCUUAUGAUACAAACAUUGCCCUCAAAACAAAUAAAUCAUCUAUGCUUUUAAAUGAAGAUGUCGAUGCCGAGGCUGAAGAAGUAUUAAAUGAAUUAAACCUUCUCACAGAAAUUGAAGAAUCACCAGCCGGUUCUGUUCAUUUAGACGCAAUACAUAAAGGUUUACAACCUGAUCUAAGGUGUCCAAAUAAAGAAGGAGAUUCCACAUUGGAAUUGGGGGAAUUAGAACUAUUGUGUGUUAACAAUGAUCCAGAAACAUCAUACGAUAUGGUAGCUGCAACGAAGGAAACUUUCAGAAAAACUUGGAACGCAAAAUAUACGUUGCGAUCUCAUUUCGAUGCUGUUCGAGCACUCGUCUUCCACCCCACAGAAGCUGUUCUUAUAACCGCAAGCGAUGACCAUACCCUGAAAUUAUGGAAUCUUCAUAAGACUUUACCUGCAAAGAAAUCAGCUUCAUUAGAUGUCGAACCACUAUAUACAUUUAGAUCGCACACUGGUCCAGUCCUAUGUUUAGCUAUGUGUAGCACAGGAAAUCAAUGUUAUAGUGGUGGUUUAGACGGUAUGAUUCAUUGUUGGACACUACCAUCGGCUAACAUAGAUCCAUAUGAUUCCUAUGAACCAAGUGUCCUUAGCCAAACAUUAAAGGGACAUACAAAUGCAGUUUGGGGUUUAAGUAUGUAUCAACCACGAUCGCAAUUGUUAUCGAUUAGCGCCGAUGGAACUGUCAAAUUGUGGAGUCCACAAAGCAAAUCUCCCUUACUUCAUACAUAUGUCUCUGAGCAAGAUGGCAUACCGACUUCAGUAGAUUUCAUAAGAGAUGAGCCGCAUAAAUUAGUUGUAGCUUAUGAGGGAGCGUGUGUGGUGUUUGAUACAGAAACUGGCGAAAGCGUAGCUCGUCUCGAAGCCAAUGAAACAAAGGGUUUUAACCGUGUUGUGGCCCAUCCAACAUUACCGUUAGUCGUUGCUGCACACGAAGAUCGACAUAUUAGAUUUUAUGAUCAUCGAUCAGCUACUCUUGCUCAUGCCAUGGUUGCUCAUUUGGAUGCAGUCACUAGUCUUGCUGUAGAUCCUCAUGGUUUAUAUUUACUUUCAGGAAGUCACGAUUGCAGUAUAAGAUUAUGGAAUAUGGAUAAUAAGACUUGUGUUCAGGAGAUAACAGCACACCGUAAGAAGUUUGACGAAAGUAUUUUAGACGUAGCAUUUCAUCCAUCGCGACCUUUUAUAGCGAGCGCAGGGGCCGAUGCUCUUGCCAAAGUGUAUGUGUGAGAUGUAAAUUAAGGUACACAAUUUCUACUAUUGACAUGCAUCAGAUGGAACAGAUUUUGUACUCAUUCUUUCUAGAUAGUUUUACCUGCACGUGUUACACUUCCAAUUUUGUUGUAACUUAUAUUGCUCUACUUAAAGUACCAUUCUAGGAAAUAUCAGAUCGGGCAUAUAGAUAUAGCUGUGUUAAUGAAAGAAAUUGAAAUUUGCACAUAACCCUUGUCCGCGGAAAUUGAUAAAAAAGAACAAUAAAAAUUCGAAUAUAAAACGCUGAAUAUUGAUGAAAUCUUUAUUAAGUAGCUACAUUGUUUGGAAUAGCGGAAGGGGUCUGUCUUGUAGAAUAUUAGUUAACAUAGUUCUAAUAAUUAGACAAAGAAAACACCCCUUACCCAAAAUCCAGGAAGCACACUGCCGCAGUAGCAUAAUAUUUAUCCCUAUGUUAACUAUUUAUUACCAAUAUUACAGUUACUGUUGCACAGCUACUGGAGAUUAAUACAUACUAUGCGAGGAUAAAACUUGUCCUAAAAUAAAAUAUAUCAAUUAGUCUCCCAUUACAUAAUUUUUAUGCCACCUUAUAUAUUUAUCAAGGUUGGCAUAUAGCAACAACAAAAAAAGCAGCAGCAACAAGAACAACAACAAUAAUAAUAAUAAUCAUAAGUUACAUAAUGUAAGACAUAAUAUUAAUAACAGUAAAUUAUAACUGUGUGUUUCUCUGUAAUAUAUUGUAUUUAAAAAUAGAUGAACUGUGUAACGUACUAUAA